AUGUCCAUCAUUGACCGGCUACCCCAGAUGGCCCUCCAGACUGCCGGGCUGGAAAGAGACUACGAAAAGGCGGCUGCAGCAUCGGCGCGUCUGCUGGAUGCCGAGCGAGAUCGGGUGCGGCGCAUGGAGCAUUUGUUGCUUCAGUUCGAGCGGGACGCCCUGCGCUCGCAGUUGGACCAGGCCAAUGAACAGGCCCUCCGACUGGCCAAGGCAGAGUCCGACACCUGUCUGCAGCUCGGUGAAGCGUGUAUGGAAAUCGACCGACUCGAGCAUCAUGUGCAAGCCUCGUCUGCGGAGAUAGAAAGGCUUCAGAAGCAGCGUCUGUUACGAGAGACCGCCGCGCUUCGGACCGAAAUCGAACGGCUGCAGGCGCAGAACUCAUCCUAUCAAGCCCUCGUUGCGGAAAAACGCGAACUGGAGCGACAGUUCAAUUCACUCGAAGUCGAACUCGAAAAAGAAAGACAUGCUCACGGGCGUACGCAGACCAAGGCAUCCCAGCAAGCACAGGAGCUUGCGAAGGUCACCGCACGCGUCGAGGAAUUGCGCAGCGAGCUGGCACUCGAAGCGCGGGCUCAACAGCAACAGGAUAGAGAUAGCCGCCAGCAAGGGUGGGAGAGUCAACGAGCAGUACUAGAAGGGAAGAUCGAGAGCCUGAAGAAACAAUUGCGGUCGACUAAGACUAAGUUACAAGAGGCCCAGGAAGACUUGCAGCACCGGCGCAGCAUGAUAAUGGAGGCGGAGGAAGCAUCGGAUUCGCGAUCUCGGAUGGUGCCCCUCCAGCGGGCUGCCCCAGAUUACCCUGCUGCUAUGACCAUUGCCACCCCCGGAGCGGUUCGAGUACAAGAAAAAGUGAAGAGACCCCCGGUGUUGCCGGGCGAGAAAUCCGCAUUUUCCAUUACUCCAUUUCUCAACCGCACCGGGGCACCGUCAGAGUCCCCAAACAGUUCUGUAGCCGAGGCGGACGAGAUCCAUCUGUCUGCAGAUGAAUCGCAGAUAUCAAUUGUCAAAUAUCAUGCGAGCAGCCCGGAUAAAAAGCGCACCGCAGCCCCCGUUACCUCCACUAAGAAUCUGGGGCAAAGAUCCGAGGCCGGCCAAGGCAAGUCUGUCCUGAACGCAUCUCGCAAGGAAACAAAGAGACCGGCCAGCUGCCUGGGUGGUCCGGUGCAGACGCGAGAUUUCGACGACGAGCUUCCCGAUCCGCCGGCGGAAAACGGGAUGGUGAAACCCAAGAAGCGCAAGCUGGGCGCUCAACGAGAUCGGAGUCUAUUUGAUGACGAGGAGGAGGAAGAGCUCGAGAUCCGAAAGCCUGGGCGCAAGCUCGCCCUGGGGAAUUCGGCUGCCCCUUCGACCGGCGCAUCUCGAGCCCUUGGAUUUGGCGCACCGGUGGGAUUUUCACCACUGAAGCGAGACCGGAAACGAUAA